UUUCAACUUGUAUUAUUUAAUAGUGCAUAGAGUAACAUAUUUAUUUUUCAUUAUAAAUCAAUGAUUGAUUUUAGAUGAUGCUGAGUUUAGUUUGCACAUUACUGAGCAAAAUUUUUAUUUCAUGUAUAUCCAUCCUGUUUAGUCAAUACAAAAUCGGUAGAGUUGCUAUAUAGAUAUAAUAUAUCUAUGGCUGGUAGGCUGUUGAGCGUCACGUUGGAUGGUGUUGGAUGGUUUAUUCUCCAACGUGGUUCAAGCCUGUUUAAAAGGAUGUAUGGUUCGCAGCACAUUGAAUGUGAAGAAGAAUCAUGUUUUACGUGAUAGGAUUAGGACUAGGUGAUGCAAAGGAUGUCACCGUUAGUGGGCUCGAAAUUAUCAAGAAAUGUCAUCGUGUAUACUUGGAGUCCUACACCUCUAUCUUGACAGUACAACAAGAAGCUCUGAGUUCUACGGACGUUCCUUGAUCGUGGCUGACCGUGAGUUAGUUGAAAGUGGUGCGGACGAGAUAUUGCCAAAAGGAGAUGAAGACGUUGCUCUCCUGGUUGUGGGGGAUCCCUUUGGCGCUACCACACAUACAGACUUAGUUCUGCGUGCAAAGGAGAAAAACAUACAGGUAAAGGUUGUACACAAUUCCUCCAUCUUGACUGCAGUUGGUUGCUGUGGCCUGCAGUUGUACUCGUAUGGAGAAACCGUCUCGAUUCCAUAUUGGACGGAUACGUGGCGACCGGAUAGUUUUUAUGAGAAGAUAGCCUCUAAUAGACAGAGAGGGCUGCACACAUUGUGCCUCUUGGACAUCAAAGUCAAGGAGCCUACUCUGGAGAGUAUCUUGAAGAAAAAGAAAGAAUACAUGCCUCCGAGAUUUAUGAGUGCCAAUGAGGCAGCUAGUCAGUUGAUAGCGAUACUGGACAAUAAGAUUCAAGAUGAUUUAGCAUUCACACAUCAGAGCUUGGCAGUAGGCCUGGCGCGUGUUGGCUGCGAGGAUCAACAUAUUGUCGCUUGCUCUCUACAGGAUAUGAUGCAUGUCGAUCUAGGACCACCGCUGCAUUGUCUCGUUAUACCGGCCGAAAAACUACAUCCCCUCGAGACUGAAUUUCUCAUACAGUACGCUCUUGACGAGAGUCAAUUCAAACAGAUGACACAAUAAAUAGAACUGUUUUUUUACUUGACAUAUGAAAUAAUCAUUACCGAACUACAAUGAACGCAACACGCACAAUGUAUUUAUUUUAUAAAUGUAAAAUAUAUCGAUACAUUUUUAUGAUGCUUUCUGAUGGGAGAAGAUACAGACAAUUAUAUAGGAAUUUGCAUUAAAAAAUUUUGCUUUAUCUAAUUUAAAAAA